AUGCUACACGAACUCCUACUGGCACUGUUAGGGUAUACUGGAGACCUAAUUAUCGAUGAGAGGGAAUUCCGGCAAACCGUCGGCUUCUCACCGGAGGACUCCAUGCCCAAUCAAUGUACCUUCAAAGUUGCUCCUGAUAUUUCUUUUAUUCAACCCUCCGAAAGGGAUAUCAUUGAGAAUAUAAUUACAUUGGGGUUUUACUACCGUGAACUUGAUCGAUUUGCCACAAAGUCCCGGAAUCUAAGCUGGAUAAAGUCUGGGAAUGAGUCUUCUGUGUCACGUGCUUCUGAGAUAUUGAAAGAGACAAGGGACAAUCAGAGUGUUUAUAGGAGGGCUAUUGCAAAUGGCGUAGUGGAAAUUCUUUCUGUUUACCGAUCUGCCGUUUUGCAUAUUGAACAGAAGUUGCUGUCGGAUUCUUUACCCAUUUUGGCUACAGUUACUCAAGGCCUGAAUAAGUUUCUUGUUUUCUUGCCUCCUCUUUAUGAGCUAAUUAUUGAGAUUGAGCGCGAUGGUAUCCAUGGAGGGAAACUUCUUAAUCUUCUGUAUAAACGAUGCCAUUGUGGGGUGCCAGAGCAGCAGGCAUGUGUUCAGCGACUUCUUUGGCAUGGACAUCAGGUCAUGUACAAUCAACUUGCAUGUUGGAUGUUAUAUGGGAUUCUUCAUGACCAAUACGGAGAAUUUUUCAUCAGCAGGCAGCAAGAAGGAAAGUCUGAGAAUGAAAUGACUCACAUUGACAAUAUUCAAAAGAUGGCACAAAUGUCUGUUAGUGAUGGAUCUUUAAAUGAUUGGUACAUGGGAUUCAAUAUAUCCUUGGAUAUGUUACCAGAAUACAUUCCGGUGCAGGUGGCAGAAUCCAUUCUUUUUGCUGGAAAAGCAAUCAGGGUUCUUCGAAAUCCAAGUUCUGCCUUCCGAUCUGUGGAUGUGUUAUCUCAUCAGGCAACUGGGCCACAAACAUUAAAAGAAUCUCUGAGGAAUGAACCCUCAUCAAAUACAAAGUUGACAGGUGAUGAAUUAUUGCCACAAUCAGAGGCUGAUAAGAUUGAAUCAAUGCUUAAAAAUCUGCAGGAAUCAUCUGAGUUCCACAAAAGAUUAUUUGAAGAGGCCAUUGGUUCAAUCAGAUCUAUUGCAGCCAAUCAUCUUUGGCAGCUUGUAGUUGUCCGCGCUGAUCUAAAUGGGCAUUUGAAAGCUAUCAAAGAUUAUUUUCUUCUAGCAAAAGGUGAUUUCUUUCAGAGCUUUCUUGAGGGAAGUCGUCAGUUGAUGCGGUUACCGCCUCGGCAGUCAACUGCUGAAGCAGAUCUUAUGGUUCCGUUUCAGAUGGCCAUAACGAAGACUAUCAGUGAUGAAGAUAAAUAUUUUUCAAGAGUGUCAUUGCGACUUCCUGCUUUUAGGGUCAACAUUAGGUCUUCCCAAGUAGAUGUUCGGGAGCCAACAACUUUUGCCAAUGGAGGUCCCAGUGCCAUAUCUGAUACUUCAUCAGAGAUGUCCCUAGAUGCCUGGGAUGGUAUUGCCCUAGAAUAUUCUGUUGAUUGGCCCUUGCAGUUGUUCUUUACACAAGAGGUGCUCACAAGGUACACCAGGAUCUUUCAGUAUUUACUCCGGUUGAAGCGAACCCAAGUGGAAUUGGAAAAGUCAUGGGAAUAUGUAAUGUAUCAAGAUCACUCAGAUUUUGCUAAACGUCGUAGUGACCCUAAAGAUGGCAAAACAUCUCAACAAAGACGGCAACGCUUUAGACCAAUGUUGAGGGUUAGAGAGCAGAUGGCGUUCUUGAUACGGAAUCUUCAGUUCUAUAUACAGGUGGAUGUGAUAGAAUCUCAGUGGAACAGAUUGCUGGCUCGUAUAAAGGAAUCGCGGGAUUUCACUGAUUUGGUGGGAUUCCAUCAAGCAUACUUGUCGGCUUUGAUAUCACAAUCUUUCUUGGAUAUUGGCUCAGUCUCAAGAAUAUUGGAUGGAAUCAUGAAGCUGUGCUUGCAAUUCUGCUGGAAGAUUGAGAGCCAAGAAACUGAUGUAAGCAUCGAAGAAUUGGAGCGUAUAACUGAGGAAUUUAGCAGCAAAUCAAAUUCCCUGUACACCAUAUUGCGUAGCAGCAGGCUUUCCGGCAGUCAACGAGCCCCGUUCCUUAGGCAGUUCCUUUUGCGUCUAAACUUUAAUUCCUACUAUGAGGCAAAUGCCCAAGGUGGUAUGAAUGUCAUCAAACCACAACCAACAGUCCCGGCCUUCCUACGCUUGCAGCUCUAAAUCUCGCUGAUCCACUCGGUUAGUUGCUUUCUUCUUUUCCAUAUUCGAGUUUGGGUACCAAGUUGUCCAUGUGAU